AGUAAACAAGAUAGAGUCUUUUUCUUUCCCCAAAAUUGAGGAAAUUGGAGAGAACAGUGUAGUUUAAGGUUUGUGCGUGGCGAAAGCUCAAGCCAGCCAAGCUGCAAAUUAUCUGAAAAGAAAAAAAAAAAAGGCUUAAGAUUGUUUGUACAUGAAGAGAGAGAAGAGAUUAUAUUGAUAUUUUCCUAAAACCCCAAAAAACCAAAAACUAUACGCAGCGGUCGUUUAUGUCUCAGUCAAGGGAAAUCCCGUGUGGGGGUCACGCCCCUGCCCCUUUCCUUUACAUGCUCUCUCUAUAUAUUCUCUUCUCUCUCUUGUACCUUUGAUCGGACCAGAAAUUCAGAUCAGAUCACUUCUCUUUGUUUUGGAUAAGAAUUUUGCAUAAAGGCCCAACUUCUGUUUUUGGGGUAGACAAAUGAAGAGGCUUUCUUUUUCUUUUUUACAGUAGGAUGUGAAUUUGGAGUUGGUUUAGAGGUUGAAGAAAAGGGUAGGAAAAAAGUUGGUUUUUUUUUUUUUUUUACUGGAAGAAACGGAGGUGAAAGUUUUAAAUUUUACAGAGGAAUGAUUUGAAAGUUGGUGAAUUUGCUGUUUGCUGAUAGAUUAAAGAAAAGGGGUAGCAAAAAAAGUUGGGUUUUUCUAAUAUUCUUUAUAGGAAAAAAGUGAAGAAGCUGAUUAAAAAAAGAUCAAAGCAAAGAAGUGGAAGCGGCAAAGGAAUGGCGAGGCUUGUGGAGCCACCGAAUGGGGUGAGGCCAACAGGGAAGCAUUACUAUUCAAUGUGGCAAACCCUUUUCGAGAUUGACACAAAGUAUGUUCCAAUCAAGGCUAUAGGGAGAGGAGCAUACGGUGUUGUUUGCUCAUCUAUCAACAGCGAAACCAAUGAGAAAGUGGCUAUAAAGAAGAUCAACAAUGUGUUUGAGAAUCGUGUUGAUGCGUUGAGAACUUUGAGGGAGUUGAAACUUCUCAGACACAUUCGACAUGAGAAUGUGAUUGCUUUGAAAGAUGUUAUGAUGCCAACUCAGAGAACCAGUUUUAAGGAUGUUUAUUUGGUUUAUGAGCUUAUGGACACAGAUUUGCAUCAGAUUAUCAAGUCUUCUCAGCCGCUUUCUAAUGAUCAUUGCAAGUAUUUUAUUUUUCAGUUACUACGAGGGCUGAAAUACCUCCACUCAGCAAACAUCCUUCACCGAGACUUAAAGCCUGGGAACCUUCUUGUCAAUGCUAACUGUGACCUGAAGAUAUGUGAUUUUGGGCUGGCCCGAACCAGCAGAGGCAAUAAACAGUUCAUGACAGAGUACGUUGUCACCCGCUGGUACCGUGCACCUGAGCUCCUACUCUGUUGUGAUAAUUAUGGAACCUCCAUUGAUGUUUGGUCGGUAGGAUGCAUCUUUGCAGAGAUUCUUGGUCGCAAACCUAUCUUUCCUGGAACAGAAUGCUUUAACCAGCUUAACCUAAUUAUCAAUGUCCUUGGAAGCCAGCAAGAGGCUGAUCUUCAGUUUAUUGAUAAUCCCAAAGCCAGAAGGUAUAUGAGGUCACUUCCUUACACUAGGGGCACCCAUUUUUCCCAUUUAUACCCUCAAGCUGAUCCAUUAGCUAUAGAUUUGUUGCAAAGGAUGCUUAUUUUCGACCCAUCUAAGAGAAUUACCGUCACCGAGGCACUCCUACAUCCUUACAUGUCAGGUCUAUAUGAUCCAAGGUUCAAUCCACCUGCACAAGUCCCAAUUGAUCUUGACAUAGAUGAGAACAUGGGAGCACAGAUGAUUAGGGAGAUGAUGUGGACUGAGAUGCUUCACUACCACCCUGAGGGUGCAUCUGCAAAUGCUUAAAUGACAUUGUUUUAGCUAUGCUUGGUUCUGUUGCUUUGUUAUGAUUUGCUUUCAGAACCAGUAUUAUUGUUUGACCUAGAAGAUCACUAUUGAGAAUUCUGCCUAGGAAGUUGGAACUUAGCAAUUGUACCAAGAUUUUGUUUUAACAUCUUGUUUAAUAGUUUGGCUUCUUCGUAGCAGACUUUGGCUCGUGUAACUUGUAAAUAUUUAUGGUAUUAUUUUUAAUCUAGAGGUCUUCUCAUUCUGUUAAUGCUGAGCUGACCUCUAUAUAAUCUUGUUAAAUAAAAAACAAUAGAGAAUACAAUAAGGAAGAAAUUUGGCUGUUA